UUUAGUUUCUUAUUUCUUGCCAUCAAUGUUUAGUCGUCAAAGAGCUGACACUCCCCUAGCACUUCGUUGGCUUAAUUUAUUAUUGAUUUCAUUCGCUUUGAUUUGAAGGUGACGAAACAUGGGUGCAGGGAAAAGUAUUUUGAGUUCGGAACAGUUGAAUGAAUAUAGUGAACUAACCUUUUUGUCCAAGUGGGAAAUAAUGCUUAUUUUGGAUAAAUUCGUCAAUCUAGCCCCGGGUGAAGAUAUACAACAGGAUUUGCAAAGAAGAUUCCCAUGUCAGAAAGUGAUGGAAGUGUUUCCUCAAUUGAAGUACAAUCCGUUUCGUGAUAGGCUGUUUGAAGUAUUUUCAUCCCAGCGUGAUACUAAGUAUUCGUUCGAAGAUGUGUUGGAUUUAUUCAGUGUGAUGUCCGACAACUGUCCCCAUCAUGUGAAAGCUACUUGGGCAUUUCGGGUGUUCGACUUCGAUAACGAUAAUCUAAUAACGAAGGAAGAUGUGAUCAUGAUAUGCGAUCGACUUACCUCAAAGGAUCAGCUAUCAAUCGAGAUUAAGAAUACGGUUUCCGAAGUGAUACUAGAAGAAAUGGAUCUUCAGAAAAACAAUAGUCUAGGAGUAUUCGAAUUUGUGCAUGUUCUAUCCAAAAUACCAGAAUUCCGUCAUUCUUUUUCUUUUCGGCCGUGAUAUAAGACAUAAUAUAACAUGGUAAUAAAUUCGUUUUUAUCUUCGCAUUUUAUUGUCAACACAAUACGUUUCAAGCACACAUUUAAUCUUUAAAACUAGCUACAUGUAGUGCUCACUCUUCAGUCACUUUUUCUUUCGAUAUUGAUAAUUUUUGUUUGAACUGCUUAUUUGAAUAAGUUAGGUAAAAAAAGUCCUGUUAAAUUGUAAAUGAAAAAAAAAAAAAAAUGAUACACAGUUAGGUAAUUCGUCGAAAAUU